CCGGGGCGAGCUUGCAUGAUGACUGUAGGAGCGGAGAGGACGCCCGGCUCUUGAGAGGGAGACCCAUGCGCCUCCGGAGUCUACGAGUUGGGAGUUAGGAAGAACUGGGAAAGGACUGUCGUGUGUGAGGGCGAGAGGGGGAUUUGAUCCCCCAUGGCCACCGAUGACAGCAUCAUUGUGCUUGACGAUGACGAUGAGGAUGAGGCAGCUAUCCAGCCAGGGCCCUCCAACCUCCCUUUCAAUCCUGUUUCACCAGGACCAGAAGCCUCUGGUCCCCCCGAGCCCCAGGUGGAUGGAGGGAGCAGUAACUCAGGUAGCAGGAAGUGCUACAAGUUGGAAAAUGAGAAGCUGUUUGAAGAGUUCCUUGAACUGUGUAAGACGCACACGUCAGACCACCCCGAGGUGGUUCCAUUCCUCCACAAACUGCAGCAACGUGCCCAGUCUGUGUUCCUGGCUUCCACAGAGUUCUUCAACAUCCUUUCCAGGGUUAUGUCUCGGUCUCAGAAGCGGCCGGCCAAGCUCUAUGUCUACAUUAAUGAGCUCUGCACCGUUCUUAAAGCUCAUUCAACCAAGAAGAAGUUGAACUUAGCUCCUGCAGCCUCAACGGCCAGUGAAUCGUCAGGUGGUAACCCUCCUACAGAUUCCCCCUCUGACCUUACAAACACUGAAACCACUGCCUCUGAGGCCUCAAGGACUCGUGGUUCCCGGAGGCAGAUCCAGCGCCUGGAGCAACUGCUGGCACUGUAUGUAGCAGAGAUCAGGCGGCUGCAGGAGAAGGAGUUGGAUCUGUCAGAGCUGGAUGACCCAGACUCCUCAUAUUUGCAGGAGGCCCGAUUGAAGAGGAAACUAAUCCGCCUCUUUGGGCGGUUGUGUGAAUUGAAGGACUGCUCUUCUCUGACUGGGCGGGUCAUAGAGCAGCGAAUUCCAUACCGAGGCACCCGCUACCCAGAGGUCAACAGGCGCAUUGAGCGGCUCAUCAACAAGCCGGGGCCGGACACCUUCCCUGACUAUGGAGACGUGCUGAGAGCAGUGGAGAAGGCAGCGACCCGGCACAGUCUGGGCCUUUCCAGACAGCAGCUUCAGCUCUUGGCUCAGGACGCCUUCCGGGACGUGGGUGUCAGGUUACAGGAGCGCCGCCACCUGGAUCUCAUCUACAACUUUGGUUGCCACCUCACAGAUGACUAUAGGCCAGGCGUUGACCCCGCACUGUCUGACCCCACGCUGGCUCGCCGCCUUCGGGAAAAUCGGACCUUGGCCAUGAACAGGCUGGAUGACAUCAUCUCCAAGUAUGCAAUGAUGCAAGACAAGACUCAGGAGUGCGAGAGACAGAGGCGACGGGCCCGGCUCCUAGGCACUGCGUCCCGAUCUUCAGAGCCCCCCAAAGCCUCCUCGGAUUCUGGUGAGGGUCCUAGCGGAAUGGCAUCCCAGGAGUGCCCUACUACCUCCAAAGCUGAGACAGAUGAUGACGACGAUGAAGACGAUGAGGAAAGUGAUGAUGAUGAGGAGGAGGAGGAGGAAGAGGAGGAAGAUGAUGAAGAUGAAGAAGAAGAGGAGGAGGAAGAAGAAGAGGCCACUGAAGAUGAAGAUGAGGAUCUAGAACAGUUGGAGGAAGAUCAGGGGGGUGAUGAAGAAAAGGAAGGAGGAGAUAAUGAAGGAGAUAAGAGUCCCACAACCCCUUCGACCAUUUUCCCUAGAAGGAACUCAGAGCCCGAAGAAGGGCUCGGGUCCCCCGAGGAGCAGCAGAAGAGAGGACAGACAGAGAUGCUAGCAUCACCGCCAGGAGUGCCCCUGGACCCUCCCAGCACCGACGCCGAAAGCAGUGGAGAACAGCUCCAAGAGCGGCUCCUGGGGGACGAGAGUCCUGUGUCCCAGCUUGUUGAGCUAGAGAUUGAGGCUUUGCCUGAGCCUACCACCCCUUCCCCCGAGGAAAGGCACAUUUCCUCAUCCAGGAAAAAGUCAGAAGAUUCCUUCCACACCAUCUUGGAAAAUGGGGCAGCUGUGGUUACCUCUACGUCCUUCAAUGGGCGUGUCUCUUCUCGCCCGUGCCGAGAUGCCAGUCCCCCGAGCAAGAGAUUUCGGAAGGAGAAGAAGCAACUGGGCUCUGGACUGUUAGAAAACAGCUAUAUAAAAAAGCAGAUGGCACAGCAGGGCAGUGGGUGGAAGACAAGUGUCCUGCCUACUUCGUCUCCCUCCUUGGCCUCUGUGGCUCCUGUGGCUGAUUCCUCCACGAGGGUGGACUCUCCCAGCCAUGACCUGGUGACCAGCUCCCUGUGCAGCUCUUCUCCAUCCCUGCUUCUCCCAACCCCCCAGUCUCAGCCUCUCCGGCCCUGUAUUUAUAAGACGAGUGUUGGUACACAGUGCGAUCCCGAGGAGAUCAUCGUGCUCUCAGACUCUGAUUAGCAGUCCCUCAACUCCCUGCAUCCAGAAAGUUUUGUAUGACUGCUGGAAGAUGACGGAGCAAAAGGUGGAUGGAGCUCCUCCCGUUUUGGUGGUUU